CGGGCAUUUGGUUUGGCGCAAUUAGCUAUGGAAGCAGCCGUUCAGAGAGAACUGGAACUGUUAGGAACUCGAAUAGUCGACGAGUCAAUACUAGAAAAACUUUGCAACUUGGCCAGGAAUAGAGGUUGGGAUGCCGAAAAUCUGGCCAAUCAGUGGACAGCCCACGCCGCCAAUCGUGAUCUAGUGUUGUCAAUAGAGGAAUUGGAGAAGUGGGAAUGCAGUCUGCCGGCAAAUGAAAAGAAUGCAAAGAUGAUUUAUGAUACUCCAAAGAGAGAAAAGAAACAUAUUCAUAACAAAGACACCAUUGAUGCAAUGUUGGAAGAUUCAAGUGUAUUUGAGGCGUACUCAACUCCUGAGAUUAAACAGACAGACAUACGCAAACGGAUAGCAGAUAAAAGAGAUGUAGAAAAUCAAUCUAAGACAAGUUUGGUUAGCAAACAUCAACUAGUCUCUCCAUCGAUAUCUCCAGAGCUUUUGACACCAUUACGUCUAUUUCAAGAGCGUGGUAAUUCUGGUGAAGUGUGUUGUAAGCUGAAUAUUGGGUCUCUGUCAAUUCCAACAAGUUGGAGAGGACGACAAGGAGAAGCUGUUGAGGUCAUGUAUAUUCCAAGUAUUGAUGAAGCUCUGAAAUCUCCAUACAAAUACAUGUUUCAGAGAAUUGGUGAUAAAGCUGAAGCCUUUAAAGUUGUUGGUAAUUGUUUGCUGAACUUUGUCUGACAAUUGAAAACGAACUCAAGAUUGAAGCAGCACUGCUAAACAUUAUUGUGUGGUGAUAAUUUUGUAAAUAGAAUUUUAAGGACAGUGGUCACAACUUUUGAUUAUUAUCUGUCAUUGUACUUGGAUUUGAUAACAUGGAAUCUGUUAACUACCAGGUAUGCCAUCUUUUAGCAAAGUAUCUAGAUAUGAAUAUUUUGAAAUG